AUGUCGUAUUCCAGUCAAGACGACGUUGUUUGGCUGCCAGACUUAAUCGGUCCUAUAUACCAGAGGCCGAACGCUUCUCUGCGCGAGAUAUUGAACGCUCAUCGCGACGACAAGUGCACGCGUACAAUGGCGACGUUCGUUCCCGACGAACUGAUAUACGAGAGCGACUUAACCAAAAAGAACUUCCGUAAGUUCAACUCUGUAAUGGCGUUGUUCAACAUGACACGGUUCUUCAAUUUUUACAAGCAACAUAUCAGCGCGGAGAACGGCGGCAGCUUUGCUCUGUUCGCUCUGCUGAACAGCUACAUGAAAAUCAUCAUCGAGGAAGUGUACACUUCGGAGGGAGACGUGUUGAAAUUCUCUCAGGACGGACUGUUGAUCAUGUGGAAGGUGAACAGAGACGAGUUCAUCUCGAAGAUGGUUUAUCACGUUAUUUUGUGCGCUCAAAGGAUCCAGGAUACCAUUGCUAGCGUGAAGAACAAGCUUCCCGUCGCGAAACUGGAUAUCGUGAUAUCAGCCGGAGAGGUGCUAUUUUCGGUGAUCGGUGACGACAGUGGCAGACGAUUCGUGAUUGUCGGAGCUCCUAUCGAGGAUCUCAAGUACGCGAGAAGAAUCUGUUUACCAGGUGAUCUGGUGUUGUCUUCCAGUGCUUGGGAACACUGUGCUCCUAGCCAGUACGAGUACGUUAUCAAGGAUUCGAGUAACGUGAAGAUUAUUAAGGUAGUUGGACCACCGAUCGAACCUCCGAAAAGUAGCACCGAGAUGGCUGUUGCGGAAAGUAUGCAGCUUCGUUCGAAACUUGACCUUAUCGACGAGCCGUCGGUUAUGUCUGUGUACUCUAACAUAUCUAUGGACUCUGUGGUGCAAUUCCAAGCGAGAGUUUCUGUGAUCGAUGCUCAACGAAGACGUCUCGGUACAAGCUUGAAGACCUACAUGUUGCACCCGAUCUUUACACGGAUCGAAGACGAUCAGUCGUUGAAGAACUUGGAGGAAAUAAGACAAAUUUCUAUGGUUUGUGUCAGUGUGAUACCGACAAAGUGUACCGUUUACGAGUUAAUUUCUCUGGUAGAUCAGCUGUUUAUAUGUCUUCAGAGGAUUGUUAUAGAGAACGGUGGAUGCAUUUGUACGGUGAAUUUAUACGAAAGGGAUAUUUCUUUUUACGUCGUGUACGGAGUUAGGAAUUAUAGCGAAGAAGAGGCUGGGAAUAUAUCGGACAAUGCAAUCUCUUCCGCGAUGACGAUAAUGAAGGAAAUGAAACGCAUCGGGGGCGUUAAAACUGUUCUAAUUGGCGUCUCCACUGGUAUAGCAUUUUGCGGGAUAAUCGGCCACACUGUCAGAAAGCAGUACAUGAUUUUCGGUACGCCCACCUUCAAAGCGAUUUCACUGAUGAUGAUUUCAUUCGACAAGAUCUCUUGCGAUUACGACACCAUCAUAAACAGCUCUCUGGGCAAAGAGAAUUUUCGUUCGCGAGGCAUUAAAGUCCUAAGAAGAUUCGGCAAGUGUCACGUUUACGAAUACGUCUUCGCGUACUCAAAAGCAGAAGCACUGAUGAACCUAAAGUACUGCUAUCCAAUUCUGGGUCGAUUUCAGGAACUGGAAUACUUCAAGGAUAUUCUAGACGACAUCGGAGUCCCAGGACGAAUUUAUUCCGGACUUCUUAUCGAGGGUAGCGAAAGGUCCGGCAAAUCUCGACUACUCGAUGCUUUCGUCACGACCGUUAAAAACAGAGAAAUAAGGCUGAUUCAACUUUCUUUGCAUCCAUCUUACGCGGAGAAGGCUUACGCUGUACUGUACUACAUGUUUCUUCAACUAUUCGACGCCGAAGAUUUCACAACGGUCGAGGAUCGUGAGAGAGUUCUCUUGAGGACAGUGUCAGAAAUUCUGGAGCUCAACGAUCUAUGCUACCUGAACGCGAUCAUGAGGGUACAAUUUCCCCUUUCGGAAGAGUACUGCAACGACACCGAUUGGAAACGGCAUAAGAAAACGAUAGAAAUCUUCGAAGAUAUAUUAAACCAGGUUGUCGGACGGGUGUGCAUACUUCUAGACGACGUGCAACACAUGGACCUCCUUUCGUGGCAGUUUUUGUCCUCUGCUCUCGACAACCAUAACGUGAUUCUAGUAAUGACGAUGCUGGAACCAGUUUCCUGGGACAAUUUAUCUCAAGUCGAGGCUGGAAUUUGCCAGGAUAAGAGGCUGAUGAUUCGAACGUUGCAGGGAAUAGAUUCGAAAUAUCUCGGAGCGUUCGCUUGCCAAUUCAUGAACGUUAUCGCCAUUCCUAAAGGUCUUGACAAAAUCCUUAAACAGCGUAGUAGAAACGUGAUUGGCUGGUGCGAGGCAUUUUUAAUGUCCGCUCUGCAAGUCAACGCUGUGACCGUAGCGACGGUUUCUCCGAUCGACGUGGAUCAUUACGAUCUCGUUUUCCCGGAUGGUUCGCUGCUGGCCAAGAUUCCAGCCUACUUGACACCCGAGGAAUUGGCACCGCCGUUGCACUGGACGCAGAUGAGCGCGGUCAACGUCUGCAUACCGUCCGAUAAGCACAGAGGAUUCGUCGAGACCAAUCGUGACAUCACAGGCUUGAGGAUCGAUAUAUACAACAGAAUGAACUCGUACGAGCAGGAUUUCAUCAAGUGUGCAGCAACCCUGGGAGAGAUCUUCCAACGAAAUAUGGUGGACUCUGUGAUGCUCAAUUCUGCGCCGUUGUACACGUCGAAAGGAAAGUCUGUGGCAGAGAUGAUACGGUUGAGAAUUUUGGAGUGCGCCAUGAUCCAGAGGAAGGAUUUCCAUUCGGACGAUUCCGUGUAUUACGUGCUCAAAUACAGGAAGACUUUCAGUAAUAUGCAUCAUCUGGUGACUUGCGAGUGUAAACCUUCUCGAAUCGUUACUAAGAAGACACUGCCUCCGUACGCUUACUGCAAGGUCCUCGAGUUUACUAUAUCCUCUUAUCGCAAGCUCUUCUACGAGAUACUGUCCCCGCACGAGAAGAAGGACUAUCACACGAAGGCUGUGAGUAUCUUCGAGAGGGACGCUCGGAAGUGCAAUACCUGCGGCCGUGGCAAUUUUUGCACGCUCAUGACCAAAGAAUUGGAUCCUCAGCCGAUCGCUGAAACGCUGCAUAAAAUAAGUUUAGCGAUGCAGAGAAGAGGGACGUUUCACAGCAAGCACGACAGAAGACGAAGUAUUUUCGCGGAGAACACUACGGACACGGACAGGAAACGGGAAAGCGUCAACAUUCGCAGAAUUUCCAUUCUUCCGGUUCACACCGACGAUACAGAUGAAAACGGCGAAAUGAGUCCAGACUUCAAUAACGUUUCCGACCUUCCGAGACGAUCGAAACGAUCAACCAGUGGAUCGGAUGUAAUACUCGAUGUUUCUUGGGACGAACGAUUGAAGCAGUUCACUUUCAUAGAUUAUCGAAACUGUCGAUGCAUGGAGGUGAUCAAUUAUCUUUUCUGGAUAAUGCACCAUCAUAUUAAAAACAGCAUGGACGUUGGAACACUGGUGAAAUUCAUGAUGGAGUACAGCGCUGGUCUGAUACAGACCGCGCAGCCGGUUUAUGCAACGAAAUUUCUCGCAACCACCACCACCAAUAUCAACGUAAUAAAAGUGAAGGAAAAAUUGGAUCUCGAUACUGUCGACAUAAUCGCCGAUAAAGGAAAGACCUUGGUUUUAAUGGGAGACGCUUACAUCGCCUAUGGAAAUUAUUCUCAGGCGAAGAAAUUUUAUUUGGAGGCUGUCGCGUUGCGAAGUGAACUGCCACAGAGCGCCAAGGCGAUUUGUUACAACACUCUCUUCGAGAAAAUACGAUACAAAGUGCUGGGUCUGCCUGGGUACAUCGCGAAUCAAGACAUCGGAGAUAUAGGCGCUCGGAAGAUGGAAUUAGCCGUGUAUCUGCACCGAUUGUCCACGGUUUCCAUGCUGCAGGACGAAGGAAAGAUGGCGAAACUCUCCAUUCUGCAGAGUCUUCGCGCCGCGUUCGAGACCGCCGGCAAUUUCUUGGAGAAAGGAAAGAUUUAUCUAACCGCUAUAGAAAUUUUUCGACAGUUUCAAAAACUGAACAUGACAUACCCACUGGAGAAGUCGAUGUUGCUGGUUAUCGAGGAGAAAAUCAGCUGGAAAUCCCCGGAAGAAGUGAUCAUAGUCGCCCAGGUGUACCAGACGGUAUACGAGAACAGAAUACGACUGGGUCAGCUGAUCGAGGGUAUCGAUAUGGGAGUUCGAAUUUGCAAGAUAUGCAAUCAUUUGCACCUGAACAAAGUGAAGCUCGCUAUUCUGCCAUCCUUGAUACAGAUUCUGAUGUGGACGAAACACAUAUACGAGGCCGUCGAUUUAUUAUACGAAUUGUACUAUCUUUCCAAAGAAGAUACCGAUUAUUCAGCCAUCACUUGGUACUACGCUCUUUGCAUGGAAUUUCUGCUGGACGCUUCCAUGAUUCUGGAGCCGUACGAGAAGUGUUACGACUUCUACGCUAACGUCAUGGACUUCAAGUCGAGAACUUGCGUAUUACGCGACGCGGAGAGUCUGUCGCGUCUGACCACCUGUUUAGUCAUCUGGCAGCUGAGAAUGAACGUGAUAGUCACCGACGUGUUCGUGAAGGACGUCGAAGACUAUUUGAACGGUAUCGCGUACGACAAGUUUUCACAGAUUUGCAAUUGCAUCAAGGGUCUCGAGAGUUAUUUGCUGAUACUGAAACGUCGAAUCAACAUCAAAAGAUCGAACGAUCUCUUCGAUCGAGUGAAGAACGCUAACGCGAUAAUCAAGUAUCUCAACGAAGCGUCUGCUUACGCUCCGUUCGUUAAACCAUUUUUAUACAUGCUGCAAUCCUACAUGGAACUUCUACGCGGCCGAAAAGCAGCCUCCGAAGGUUACAUUAAAAAAUCGCAAAAUUGGGCCUCGUUGCAGGAGAAUAAACUGAUAUCAGCUUGGACUGAACAGAACAAAAGGACUUGGGAGGAGAGUAACUACAACAACAUGGCGCAAUACUGGGUGGAGCAUGUCGGCUCGAACAACGCGGUUCAAUGGCAGGAGAUCCACACGUUCGGUGUGAACGCUUGGUCCACCAUACUGUACCCGUUUCCAAUCCCAGAAUCGAACUUUUAA